AAUUCUCUUUCUUCUUUCGAAUCAUCGCCGCGACGUUCUUUCUCGCCUGAGAAUCCCAAACCAAAAGCUUUCGCCGCCUUCUCUCUAUCGGAACUUUUGCUGCAUGUGAUAAUGAACGGUGGUGGUGUUGAAGUGAAGAGAGUGUUUAUUGGAGCAGGAUGCAACAGAAUAGUGAACAAUGUUUCUUGGGGUGCUUCUGGUUUGGUCUCUUUUGGUGCUCACAACGCCGUUGCUAUUUUCUGCCCCAAGAGUGCUCAAAUUUUGACUACUCUUCCGGGUCACAAGGGAGUUGUGAAUUGCACCCACUGGAUCCCAAGUAGCAAGUUUUUAUUUAAAGCAAAACAGUUGGAGCAUCAUUAUUUGCUAUCUGGAGAUGCAGAUGGUGCUAUUAUUCUGUGGGAACUGUCCCUUAUUGAUGGGAAGUGGAGGCAAGUGUUACAACUACCACAAUCACACAAGAAAGGGGUUACAUGCAUUGAUGGAAUUUUGGUUUCUCAAACUGAAGCAAUAUUUGCAUGUACUUCUUCAGAUGGCACUGUAUGUACAUGGGAACUUGUAUUUCCACUGAAAGGCAGAGGUGACUGUAAAUUAUCAUGCCUGGAUUCUUUUUCUGUUGGUUCUAAAUCUAUGGUAGCCCUAUCAUUGGCGGAAUUGCCUGGAGGUAGUGGGCAAAUUGUCCUUGCAAUGGGAGGAUUGGAUAACAAGAUUCACCUUUAUUGUGGUGGAAGGACAGGAAAUCUUGUACAUGCAUGCGAGCUAAAAGGUCAUACAGAUUGGAUCCGGAGUUUGGACUUCUCAUUACCUGUAAGCAUCAAUGGGGAAGUAAACAAUAUUUUCCUGGUGAGUUCAUCCCAGGAUAAAGGCAUAAGAAUUUGGAAGAUGGCAUUACGCAGCUCUAUGUCCAAUGGACAUUGCAUACACAGGAAGGAAGAAAUAAGCUUAUCAUCCUAUAUAGAAGGUCCUGUACUUGUAGCUGGUUCGUCCUCUUUCCAGAUAUCGUUAGAAUCUCUUUUAAUUGGACAUGAGGAUUGGGUAUAUUCAGUGAUGUGGCAACCCCCUUUGGCUGGAUCCAUAGAAGGGGAUGCCUAUUAUCAACCUCAAAGCAUCUUAUCUGCAUCUAUGGACAAGACAAUGAUGAUCUGGCAACCUGAAAAGACUUCUGGUGUCUGGAUGAAUGUCGUCACUGUUGGGGAACUAAGCCAUUGUGCUCUGGGGUUUUAUGGUGGUCACUGGAGUCCAAAUGGAGAUUCAAUUUUAGCACAUGGAUAUGGUGGAUCUUUCCAUCUUUGGAAAAAUGUUGGUGAUGAUAACUGGCUGCCACAAAAGGUUCCCUCUGGUCAUUUUGCAUCGGUGACUGAUAUUGCCUGGGCUAGAUCUGGUGAUUACAUUAUGUCCGUCAGUCAUGACCAGACAACUAGAAUAUAUGCCCCAUGGAAAGUUGAGGCUUCUCUCCAAGAUGGCGAAUUUUGGUAUGAAAUAGCUCGCCCUCAGGUCCAUGGUCAUGAUAUAAAUUGCAUGGCAGUCAUUCAUGGUAAGGGGAAUCAUCGUUUUGUUAGUGGAGCUGAAGAGAAAGUUGCCAGAGUGUUUGAAGCCCCGUUGUCAUUUUUGAAAACAUUAAAUAAUGCCAAUUUGCAGAAGUCUUGUUCUUCUGAUGAUGUCUUGAGAGACGUUCAGAUUUUGGGUGCAAAUAUGUCAGCUCUUGGACUAUCGCAGAAACCUAUUUAUGCUCAAGCUGUACACGAGGCCCCUAAGAGAAGUGGGGUUGAUGAUGGUCUGGACACCUUUGAAACUAUUCCUGAUGCAGUUCCAACCGUAUUCACGGAACCUCCAAUUGAAGAUCAACUGGCUUGGCAUACACUCUGGCCUGAAUCACACAAACUCUAUGGUCAUGGAAAUGAACUAUUUUCUUUAUGCUGUGACCAUGAUGGUGAGCUUGUUGCUUCUUCAUGUAAGGCCCAAUCUGCAGCUGUGGCAGAGGUAUGGCUUUGGAAGGUGGGUUCAUGGAAAGCAGUUGGUCGCUUGCAAUCCCACAGCUUAACUGUAACACAGAUGGAAUUCUCACAUGAUGACAACUUUCUUUUGACUGUCUCAAGGGAUCGUCAGUUCUCCGUUUUUAGAAUUAGAAGAACAGGCACUGGUGAAAUUAGUUAUAGUCUUCUUGUGAGGCAGGAGGGACACAAGCGGAUUAUCUGGUCAUGUUCUUGGAAUCCACAUGGUCAUGAAUUUGCAACAGGUUCGCGGGAUAAGAUGGUCAAAAUCUGGGGUGUGGAGAGGGAAUCAUCAGUCAGGCAGCUUAUGACUUUACCGCAAUUUAUGAGUAGUGUAACAGCAUUAUCUUGGGUUGGUCUCCAUGAUCAGAGAAAUAAUGGACUUCUAGCUGUUGGAAUGGAAAAUGGCCAAAUAGAACUGUGGAAUCUGUCUUAUAACAGAGCAGAUGAUGGGAGCAUUGCAGCACCAGGUUUGGCUGCUGCUCUUGUUGUGCGUAUAGAUUCUUUUAUAUGCCAUGCCUCUACAGUAAACCGUCUGGCAUGGAAGAAAAAUGGGGAAGAUCACAGCAGUAUGCAACUUGCUUCGUGUGGAGCUGACAAUUGUGUAAGAGUGUUUAACGUAAAUGUUGAGUAAUUAGAUCAUUUUUCCCUUUCUCUUUUGGCAUAUCUAUAGAAUGAAUUUUUUUUAUCCUUAUAGCUAUGGCUAAGAAAAUUUGAUUAGUAAAGUCUUCUUAGUUAAUAAGGAGAGC